CAAAGAUGGCGGCGCUGAAGGAGGAGCAGUGCUACGGACUGUCCUGUGGAAGAGUGAGCAACGGCAGCAAUGUCUCAGUCUUUCACGUCAAACUCACUGACAGCGCGCUGAGAGCGUUUGAAGCCUACCAGAGCAGCAAGGUCCUGUCAUCACGACCAUUGAUCAGAUUUAAUGGAAACCAAGGGAAAAUUUCAAUACCACGGUCAGAAAAUUCCAAUGAACUGCAAACGUUUACCUUCUACCUGUCAAACGUGGGCAGAGAUAACCCCCAGGGCAGCUUUGACUGCAUCCAGCAGUACAUCACCAGUGAAGGGAGCAUUCAGCUGGAUUGUUUGGGUGGGAUCCAGGACAAGAUUACAGUAUGUGCCACAGACGACUCGUACCAGAAGGCCAGGGAAAGCAUGGCCCAGGUUGAGGAGGAGACUCGCAGUAGGAGUGCCAUCGUCAUCAAGCCUGGGGGGAGAUACGUAGGUAAGAAGGUUCAGAUCCGGAAACCGGCACCUGGCCUUUCAGACAUCGCCCCGUCACGGAGGACAUCUCGGCCUGUCAUCAUCUCCAGCAGCACGCUAAAGAAAAGUACGACUCAGCACAGGCCACUCCGCGAGCGUCUCUUACACCUGCUGGCCCUUAAGCCUUACAAGAAGCCUGAGCUGAUCCUGAGGUUGCAGAAAGAUGGCCUCUCACCAUUAGACAAGGACUCCCUGGACAGCCACCUGCAACAGGUGGCAAACCUGAAUGGGAGAGACAACACCUUCACAUUGAAGGACUUUUUGUAUAAGGAAAUUCAGAAAGACUGGCCUGGAUACACAGAAGGAGACCAGCAGCUUCUCAAGAGAAUCCUGUUUAGAAAGAACAGCUCUGCCCCUCCACCGGAGAGCCCACCCAAAGAGCCAGCCAGCAGUUCACCAUCUCAGAAACGACCGGCUGCUGACUUCAUCGACCCUCUCGCCAACAAAAAGCCCAGGAUAUCACACCUUGCCAGCAAGGCUGCAACAGCCCCAGUUAAUGGCAAGCUCAGCUCCUCCAAUGGAAGAGGAGAAGCAGGUGGAGCGCAGGCGGGAGUCGCAGUUUCUCUAUCAGACGGCGCUAUGACGUCCAGCUCCCAGCAGCUCCCUAUGCUGGAUAUCCCUCGUUCUUUCGAAGCGCUGUCGGACGUCAGCAACGACUCCAGCCACAAUGGGCGCGACUGUGACUCUCAGGAGACGGUGGUGUCUGAGAGGCUCAGUCAACCUCCCUCGCUGUUCUCGGGGCCAACGAUGCUCACUGCACCCAGCAUCGGCACGUCGUCCCCUGGACACACAGGUCUGGAUCUCUAUCGGGACAAGAGUCCUUCAUCCAACAUCAAGUCCAAGAAGAAGUCCAAAAAGCAUAAAGACAAAGAGAAGACCAAAGACAGGGAGAGGGCGAGAGAAAAGGAGCAGGAGAAGGAAAAGGAGAUAAAGAGUCGUGAGGAGCGUGUGCCUGAGCCUAACAGAGCCUGUGAGAUGAGCCCAGGAAACCUUAAAAGCAACAGUAUUCCACACAAAAGCACAGAUCUGAAUGGGAUGUGCAACAGUACCAGUAUUCCUUCGUCAUCACCUGAGGUGGCAAACUAUUUAUCGAAGUACACAGUGAUCAACUCUCCAGAGCAGCGUCAGAGAUAUAAAAACGAUUUCAACGCCGAGUACAGUGAGUACCGGGGUUUGCAUGCUCGGAUAGAGGGCAUCACCCGGCAGUUCACUGUGCUCGACAAUGAGCUCAAGCAGCUCCCCCAAGGCACGGACAAGUACAAGACAAUCCACAAUCAGAUACUUGAAGAGUAUCAUAAAAUUAAAAAGACUAAUCCAAACUAUAGCCAAGAGAAGAACCGCUGUGAAUAUCUACACAACAAACUGGCACAUAUAAAGAGACUUAUUGCCGAGUACGAUCAACAGCUUCUUUAAAAGUAGUUAGACAUGUUGUUUUCCCUGUUAUCUCUGGAAACCAAGCAGAUAAAGGAAAACUCUGGAUUCUGUUUGCGCUAAAAAUGUUCUCAUGAAAUAUGCCAUGAAGGGAGUAUUUCCCUCAUUCGGGCCAAAGGCUCUAGUGAGGACUAAGCAGGAUACAUUAUCUAUUUCUCUAUCUUUCCUUUUUGUUUUUUUGUUUUUGUUUUGUUUUGUUUUUUUGUUUUUGGAAGAUGGGGCUGUGCCAGGUUAGGCCAGGUCCGUCUGUGUUGGUUACAAAUGUAUCCAGAAAAAAAAAAAAAAGGUUCUGUGUGGCUUUGUUUUUCUCAGCCCACCCUGCUUAUAGUGCACAGAGGUGUGAAAGAGUCAAAACGUGGAAACCUCCGCUUUCUUAGGAGAUCCAAAUAAUCUUUCCUGCUUUUUGAAACUGGAGAGAAAGGGGACACUAAGAUGGAAACUGCAGAUUGUACGCCAAAUGCAGGUAAUUUGUUUUGAGUAAAGAAAAAUUAAGUGGAUGAUAUAUCAGUUUUCCCCCAUAUACUGAAACGAAUGGUUGUGAUGUUGAAUUUAUUUCUCUGUUUCUCUUUUUAUUUAUUUUUGACACUUAACUGGGGGGGGGAACGCGUCUGUUUUACACUCCUCAAUAUCAGUACUUAAAAGCUGUGUCUCUUGUUUUCUGUCCUCACAUCUUGAAUGUCAGCCAGUAUUUUAUUCAGAAGCUGCCUUGCCCAUCUAAUUGUCAAUCUGUUGGCGUUAAUUUUCUUUCUCUCUCUCUCUCUCUCUCUCUCUCUCUCUCUCUCUCCCUCUCUCUCACCCUCUCUCUCUCUCUCUCUCUCUCUCUCUCUCUCUCUCUCUCUUUAAAGAGAUGCCGAUGUUGCUAUUGAUUAAAUCAAACCAUGCUUCUAAAUGCACACGGUCAGACGCAGGUUUGUGCGCUUGGCUUUUUUCUUUUCUAAAUCACGUGCAGAUGUCUUAACAAAGGGGAUGCGUGUGAAAAAAAAGUCUCCAGUCACUGUAGAGCUGCAGAUUUUCUUGGAGCUCAGUCUCUUCACUCGGUCAGACGGUUACAGCAGUGGUCCUUUUUUUUAGUUAUGGUUUAUCAGUGGAGAUGUGAAGGAAAAACCAUAUUCAGCUCUUGAAACUAUUUAAUUGGUUGUUGUUCCAGUUUAGUUCAUGAUGGCUUUUGUAGCAAUAGAGCUAUUUCACCUUAUCUGAAGAGUUCAUUGCUCGUUUUACUCUUCAUCACGCUUUAGAAUAUCCUCUAAUUGUAAGAUGAUGCAGAUCUGCAGGCUUUUUUUUCUCUUCAGCUCAUCUUGAAUGUUUAAAAUUUGGGUUGAUCCACAGAUCUGAUAUCCCUUUAAGUUACCAUCAUUUGAACCUGCAGUUAUGUUAGAAGAAUCCUGUUUACAGUGUCGAUAUAAAGAUCAAUUUUUUUUUAGUUUUUGUCUGCUCAUCAACCCUCGUGGUAGUCCAUCGAGACGACUGUUAAGAUGAAGCCAUCCUCGAUCAUCUUCCAAGUGGAGCCCAAAGAGGGUCUCCACCUCUUAAAGUCCUCUCAGAGAAGGAAAUGCUCACCUGCGACCAGUUUUGCCUUUUUCAAACGUGAUGUCACGAGGAUCGACCCUUAAAAUGAUUUUCCCGGAUCAGUACUCCUCUCUGAGACGAAUCCACUCAACGUAUCCGGAGACGAAAUAGAAAUGCUGUAUCAGAUCUUCAACCUGAGGGCGUCGAGUCUCGUCAGCGAAUGCAUUUCUUAAUAUCGAUCUUUUUAUGUGAAUAUGAAAAAUCAGCACUUUUUUCUCCUGAUCUUGCUGUUACCUGGGGGUUUUGUCCAAAUGAAAACUUUUCACUUUGUCCAUCAGAGUGCAUGCUUUAUGAAUGUGUUACAAUGAACAGUCUUUGUAUCUCUUACUUGAACAAAAAAAACAAAAAAAACAAAAAAACUGCCCAAGGAUAUCAAAGCAAAGGCCUAGUCCGACUGAAUUAGUAUAUGAUCAAUUGGCUCUGACCAGCAUGAAUACCAAAGUGCUAACUAAGUGGGAUAAAACAAAGUGCUCUAUCAAUUGUUGGCAAAGGAACAUGUCACAGUAUUCUCUACUUCCUGUUAUCAUUUCUUUUGUCCUUUUAUAAUUUAUCUUUCCUCUGACACUUUUUCAGUCUUUUUCUUGGGACGCGUCAGAUGAGGUUCUUUUUUUUUUUUUUUCUUUUUUUUGUGCUUCAGAUAGGAUUUGUAUGACUGGGCUCAAGUGUGUCAGUGUAACGUCAGGGUUGCGAUUUAAUCACUCUUCCUAAUGCAAACACUACAUUCAAGCCAAUGCCCUGAGACUCAUCACAACAAUGCUGAACAGUGCUGGGUCUAGACUGAGACUAUACCUGGGACUUGAUCUCUGAGCAGCAGGUGAAGUUAGGGAAGCUACAGUUUGUGAAUGUUUUUGACACCAGAAUCAACAUUCAGCAUUGCCCGGUACUGCAAGCUUCAACAAGAAAGACUCUCUUCACCUUUUUAUUUUUUUCUUUAAACAUUCUGACAUGAUUACUGUAUUACACCUCUAUCAAAAUCCAUUCAUGAACGAGUAUCAGUUAAGACAUUUUGCUCUGAAAGAGAGCGUACUGUUUGAGAAUAACGAUAUGCCAGCACAGGAGUACCGAUGUAUGAGUUGAUUGUGCCAAAAUGACCUGUUGUAUAGGUUUUUUUUUCUUUUCUUUUCUCUGAGUAUAUACAUGCUGCUGUAUAAGCAAAGAGGGCUUUGGAGAAGAGUCAUGAAAUGUUGGCGCUAAAACCCAAAGCACGCUUUUUGAAAACCAUAAGGGACUGGGACUGAAAUUGAUCUUUAUUUCAAUAAAAUUCUUUAAAAUCCUUAUUUGUGAAAUUCUGAA